AUGGAGCCCAGCACGAGCUCCGGGAACAAUGAGGAAACGGAAAAAAAGCGUGUGAGUGGAGUUCAUCUUUCUCAUAACCGUUCGAAAGUUCGCGUGUUCAUUUAUCGAUUUUUCCGUCACAACUUUUUUCCCGUUUGAGAAAUGAAAAAGCGUGACGCCACUAGCUUUUUCAGAAAUAAGAAUGAUAGUCAAUUUCAGAGAAUUUCAUGCCAAAUUUGCACAUAUCCAUCGCACGGUUCACAUUUCGGAGUGGCCGCUUGCAGGGCGUGUGCCGCCUUUUUCAGGUGAGCAUUUUAAACGGAUAAUAGCCGUUUUUACAACAAUCGUGGACUCAUAUUCGAUGUGAAACUCGGAGUAGUUCACGUUUUACCGAAAACGCUAAUAUUCGUUUACAGGAGAACCCUGGUGGCGGACGUGAAACAGCCGUGCAAAACGGGAAAACAUGAAUGUCCGAUCGAUCAGACUGAACGGUACCUUCCCCCCGUUUCACAGAAAAACGGAUAGAAUAGACCUUUAAAACGUUCAGAUUUUACUGCCGAGCAUGUCGAUUCAACAAGUGUCUCAAGGCGGGAAUGUGUCCUCACAGUGAGUUUAUUCGUCGCCCUCUUUGGACACUUGUAUCUCGAGAUCCUACAAUUAUUUCAAAAAGUGGUCAACUGAAAAAUUGUUCGAAUUUUCAUGCUUAACAACUUUGUAGUUGAACAUUUAAUCCCAAAACUGGUCAUUCUUGAGUUAUCGUCUUGUUUCUAAACAGUACUCACUAGUGCGUCCGUAAUGAAUAUUGUCAAACUACUAGCAAAUCUCAGAAAUCCAGCAGAACCGCGAUCCGAUCUCUUCGACAAUCCAAUCAACGUUUGAGGAGAAAAUCGAUAAGGAGAAUGUGAAAAAGACGGAAAAAGUGAAUUCGAAGAGAAAGUUUCUCAAAUACGCGAUCACCGACACUCGGCUUUACAACUUUGAACUUCUUAUGGCGGACAUUCGACAGAUAUUCUCGGAGGUCGUUUUGACCUUUUUUUUUAUCUAAAAAAUAUCCAUAAUUCCAGAACGACACAUUUCUCGAGGAUGCGGAUUAUUCCCGCUUGUGCACACUGAAAAAGAUGGACUACGGACUGCGAGUGAUUCGACGAAAUCAAAAGAGACGAUUCAUCGAGGUCGGCGGCCUAGCUCUUUUCCAUGGCCUAACUUUCUCUAGAUCGCAAACACGAUGCGAUUCGAGGAUCUGACAGAGGCGCGGUGCGGACUGAUAAAACACGCGGCCAAGUGGUUCAUGUACGCGGCGAAUUUCCGCAAAUUGACGGAAAAGGAGAAGAUUAUGAUUCUGAAAACGACGUGGCAUGUGUGGGCGAGAUUGGAGCGGCUCUCGAUGUCGGUGGAGUUGCUCGGCGAAAAAGUGGUUUCGGAGAAGGUGCCCUAUUGACGAAGCUCGUGAAAUGAUGAAGUAUUAUACAUUCCCAGGUGCUGUUCACUUCCGACUCGGACGCUCUUUACCUCGUCGAAGUGGUCCACCACAACCUGAGCAGACUGGGAACGCAAGAGUUCGAACAGGUCGACCGACUCCUCCAGCCGCUCUUUUCCGUCAUUUUCGACGAGUUGGCCGUCAAAUUGCUCGAUUUGAAGCCGUCCUCAAUUGAAACCGCCUACAUGCUGUGUCAAAUCGUGUUUUGUGUCUCAGGUGAUCUUUUUCUCCGAUGCCACGGCGAUGAAAAGUUCAAAAGCGCGCGUUUCGUACACUUUGGCCGAAUCGAACAGUUUGCGGGUAUUCAAGGCUGAAAAAAAGGAAAAUUGCCACUUUUUUGCUCAAUUUUAGCGCUGUAUGCGCCGGCCGGCCAGAGUUCAAGCACUAUUUUCAUAAGCGGUAAAGUUCCAAAGCACAUAAAUGCACCACAAUAGUUGCAGGCAAAACACUAACCGGGUGCUCUCUGGAGGGCGCCGAACGAUUCAUGGAAACGAUCUCAUCGGACCUCCACGACUACUACGCAACCGAUCUCAAAUUGGAAAAGUACGCGGGCCGCACGCUCAAAAUGAUGUCGAUCGUGACGGUGCUCCAGAAGACGUACAUUGACUAUCAGAAGGUGAUGAGUCAGGCGGACGCGUUUCGCAAAAUUGGCGACGUUGAUUUAUGCGAAUAA